UCUAGGCUCUGGCCAUGGCUGAGGUGAACGGGCCGGGCCCGCGGGUGGCAGAGCCCCAGAUUGCCAUGUUCUGCGGCCGUCAACUCCUGCACAUGAACAUCCAGACCGGCCAGUGGGAGCCAGAUGCUCAGGGCAGCCAGGGCUGCUUCAAAGAUCCCAGCACAAUCCUGUCCUACUGUCAGAAGAUGUAUCCAGAGCUCCCAAUCUCUCAUAUAGAGGAGUCAAAAAGACCUGUCUCCAUCCCCUCCUGGUGUAAGAAAGGCUGGGGCCCCUGCCAGACACGCCCUUUCAUUGUUGUGCCCUUCCGCUGCCUCGAAGGCGAGUACGUGAGCGAGGCCCUGCUUGUGCCCGAUAGGUGCCGUUUUCUCCACCAGGAGCAGAUGGAUGCCUGCGAGAGCUACGUCUACUGGCACAACAUUGCUAAGGAGGAAUGCACUGCAGAGAAUCUGGAGCUCCACAGCUACGGGAUGCUGCUGCAAUGCGGGGACCACUUCCGGGGUGUUGAGUAUGUGUGCUGCCCGGGCAGAGGCGGCUCCGGUAGUAAGGGAGAGGCAGAGGAAAGCCCCGGUGGUCUUCAGACUCUGAUUUCCCAGACCAGCGGAAAACCGAACUCUGUCACCAAAGCGACGGCGCCCACUCCAAGGCCAUCUCCUGACAUGGACGAGGAUGAUAUGGAAGAGGAGGAUGAUGAAGUGAUGGAUGAAGAUGAGGAUGAAGAGGAGGAGGAGGACAUUGAUGAUGAGGAGGUGGAAGACGAUGACGAUGACGAGGGAAUUGUUGCAAAAGAACCAGAGGAGGAGUAUGAAUACCCCAGUGACUCAGGGCCCUACCAGACAUCAGACUAUUGGGACUCCUUUGAGAAAAGCAACAAACCCACCACCUCUGCACCUCUGCUGAAGGAGGACAGCUUGACCACGCCACGGCCCACAGAUGGCGUUGAUGUUUAUUUCGAGAAGCCAGUGGAUGACACCGAGCAUGCCAACUUUCUGCGAGCCAAAACAGACCUGGAAGAGCGCAGAAUGAAGCGCAUCAAUAAGAUCAUGAAGGAAUGGGCUGAGGCUGACAACCAGUCAAAGAAUCUUCCAAAAUCAGAGCGGCAGGCCUUGAAUGAGCACUUCCAGACUGUGCUGCAGACUCUGGAGGAGCAGGUCGCCGGUGAGAGGCAGAGGCUGGUGGAGACACAUCUGGAAAGAGUUGAGGCCAUUCUCAACAACAACCGCCGCAUGGCUCUGGAAAAUUACUUGAGUGCCGUGCAAUCUGAUCCCCCUCAGCCGGAGCGAGUGCUGCAGGCUCUGAAGCGAUACAUGGCUGCUGAGCAGAAGGACCACAGACACACACUGAGGCACUACCAGCAUAUUGUGGCCGUCGACCCACAGAAAGCUGAGCAGAUGAAAUUCCAGGUGUACACACAUCUCCGUGUGAUUGAAGAGAGGAUGAACCAGAGCCUUACACUCCUAUACAAGGACCCUACGUUGGCUGAGGAAUUACACAAUAGUAUUCAGGAGUUGGUCAAGGCAGAACGAGGAGACAUCAGUGAGCUUAUGACAACCUCCUUCUCUGAAACUCGCACCACUGAGGAGCUCCUGCCGGCUGAGAGCGAGGAAGAAAAGGAUGAUGAAGAGGAGGAGGAGAGAGCUUUCCAGAACAGGCCUUAUCCUCCAAACAUUGAAUUGCAGUCCAAUAAGAAAGCAGAAGAUGAAUAUGAUUAUACCACAUCUGAGAGAGGUCCUACUUAUGAAGAUGAGGAAAAGAUCAACAACUCUGCAGAGCUCAAGCAGGUGGUCAAGCCCAAUGAGAUUGCAAGAGAUGAGCUGCAACCGGACGCCUUGGAGACGUUUAACCGUGGCGCCAUGGUGGGGCUGCUGGUGGUGGCGGUGGCUAUUGCCAUGGUGAUGGUAAUCAGCCUGCUGCUGGUGCGCAGGAAGCCAUAUGGCACCAUCAGCCACGGCAUAGUAGAGGUCGACCCCAUGCUGACACCAGAGGAACGGCAGCUCAACAAAAUGCAAAACCAUGGCUAUGAAAACCCCACCUACAAGUUCUUUGAGCAGAUGAACUGAAAGCACUUGGGGGGCUGCCAGCAAGUCAUGACCACCUGUUUUGCCCCCACCCCUCUCUUCCUUACAAAGGUGUGAUACUCUCCCCAUGAUGGAUUUAUGAUUUGUUGCUCAUCUAAAGUCUGGGGUUCUUCCCAAACCCAACAAUAACCUUUCAUCAGAAUGUGAAUAAUGAGAAAUGAUACAAUCCCAUUUUACCUGUUGUAACCUAGUACUCCUUUGGGUUAGAAGGGCCACAACGUUUCAUCAACCUGGAAACAUUCACCACAUUCUCGUGGCAUGACUUGACCUAUUGCUCCUCACUUGAGUUUGAAUGGUGCAUAAUGCUUUAUGGUAAUUUCUUUUUUUCAGUAGAGGCCUAUGUGCAUAUUGUACCACAGUUAGAUAUAGUGUAUCUGUGUAGAUUAUGUGUGAAGGAGAGUGUAGUAAAACAAUGGUGGAAUUCUCAACACAAAAAGGGUAGCUAGCUACCCCUAGCCAGUAAGUUAAACACACCCCCAUGAACUACUGUAACAUCAGUUUGCUUUGAAUGUAUGAGACAGCAUGGCUUUAAGUUAAAACACAGACCACACUAAUCGAGACAUACCUACAGUGUGUACAGGGGGGAAAAAAUUGUUUACUGGGGAUCGCCAAUCGAUAUUAUUAUUGAUUAUUUGGCUACAAAGACCAGAUGUAUUUUUUUAGUUAAUUUACUCUGUCAAUGGAUUUGUUUAAUUAGUUCUGGUAUCUGCAAACCUGUUAAGCCGAAUAAUUAGAGGUCCGUUAUUUUAAUGAAAGCAUGACAACUUGGUGUAUGAUGCCGCAGUAUUUAUUUGUGUUGUUCCUGUCAUGAAAUGAGUCAGAAAUGUCACAGUUCCAAACGGACAUUGUAAAUAACGUAAGAAAUAACAUGCUACUAGAUGUAGGCAUUUCUAUGAUUAAUUUGCAUUGGUGUAAUGGAAUAAUACAUUUUUAAAAAAUAGUAGAACAUUGUGCUGUUACGAGAGGGAGAAACAUUUUCCUAACAUGGCUGAUUGAAAACGGACUGUUGUAAAAACCAGCACAAGACAACGACACAGCAACUACUUUCUGAAUGUAUUUGAGGUAGACGUUGAGAUUCCAUCCUCUUUUCAGUAAUGCAUCGCUCCCCUUAGUGAACCUCAGUAGGAGUAGUGAAGUUCAACACAUGCAAGAGUCUACAGGCCUGGUGCCCUCAUCAUAACUUUGUGUAGCAGCCUUGUCAUCUUCACAUUUUGCAAGUGUGAAUUAGAGCAGUGGAACAAUCGGAUGUGUUCUCCUGAGCAGUGUCACAUAAAAAAGGCACAGCUACGGUAAUGUGAAGCAACUGGGAGUGAAGUAACUCCCAGAAGCACACCACGCUCCGGCAUGAUAGUAGUACGGUUUGUCUUGAAAUAGGCCAGACUGACAUCAUGGAACUUAUCAACAUUGAGUGAUAAUACUCUAUACAAGCUUUAUAUAAGUUACUCUAAGCAUAAAAGCUUUUCACUAAAUAACUCAUCAUAGCUUUUCAUAUGUAUGAUCAACAAAGUACCCUGAGUAGGUAAGUAGAAAAAGGGAUUGCCCCUUUCUUCUGACUGAUUGUUUACUGCUUAGCGUGUCAGUUUGAUGUCAUUUGGUCUGUCUACACGUCCUGUCAGACCCUUUUGGUUAACAGUCAUGCUGCGUCAUUUUAUUUCUGGUUCAUCAGUCUUUGACUACAUACUAUAGUUCAGAUUAUCCAUUCCAGAAUCAGGCUGUAUGUCUGUUUUUUCUUUUUUUUUCUUUUGCCAGCCAUGUUAUGCCAAACCUGCAUUUGUUUUUAGUUUUUGUUCUUCUUCCGUGAUGUGGGGGGAAAAGAUUUUGUUUUACUAGAGUUUUUUUUUUUCAAGUUACGUUUGCUUGAAAAAGCAAAAAGGUUGUGAUUAAGUUGGUCUCGUCGGGCAGGUUAAUAGCAGGUUGUGGUUGUUAUGACAGGUUAAGAGAAGUCAUAGCCCUUGUAUAAUUUGUACAGCUCUGUUAGUGAAUGAAAACAUUGUAUGUUCACAGUUUAAGUCAGUUGAUCUUGUAAUGAUACUACUGAAACCUUAGAUGAGAAUAAGCUUGCCUGUGUUUCCCAAACCACUGAAGGUUUCCUACCAGCAUUUAGCAGACUUAGAAUGGUGUAUUCUAUAGUUACUCAAAUCACAUUUGUAAUUAAGUCCUCUGUCAAAUCCUGAAGUUCUCUGUUUGUCUGUCCCCUUACUUCCCAAUGAAAUAUAAACUAUGUUAUUGAGAUUUUAAUUGCUGCAUUAUUGCCUUUUACAAUGCUGUGUUUUGGAUGUAAUUAUUCAGUAUUUUUUAUUUAUAUGUAAUAAUCAUUUGGAUCGAGGGUCAUAUGUUUCACAUACAAUUAUGAGCUUGUAAAUUAAAAUAUAGCUAACAUUCAGAAAUGUGAAAUCUUACAGAUACAUGCCAAAUUGACACGAAGUGGCACGAAGCACAAAAAAACCCAGAAUACUCCAUUUCUGUUUAUGCUUCAAAAUGUAACAUUGGUUUUCUGAUUUAACUUUAUUCAAGCAAUGCGGUUUUUAUUUUCGAGACAGCUGUUCUUCAUUUUCAUUGAGACCUUUAACCAAAGACAUGCUCCAUGAAUUAUCGAAUUUCCUAAUUUGGCUAAAUGUUAUCUGUGUAACGUUAUGGUAAGCAAUCCAACAAGUUGAAUCUGGACAAGUUAAUUAACAGUGUAAUAAAAGUGAAUGACCCAUUACAUA